AUGGGGCUAAGAGCUGCCAGCCUUUUUGUACUCUGGCUGGCUCUUUCCUAUGCGAACGAAAUAAGAAAAGGAAGGACAAGAAACCAUGGCCACUCUGUCUGCAGCACUUGGGGAAACAACCAUUUCAAAACUUUUGAUGGAGACAUCUACCAAUUCCCUGGCAUUUGCGAGUAUAAUUUUGCUUCUGACUGCCGAGACUCUUACAAGGAUUUCUCCAUCCACAUUCAGCGUGCUCUGAACAACAAUAACCACCCAGAGAUCCAGUAUAUUCUAAUAACAAUCAAGGAUUUCACGGUGUACCUGAGACCAAAAGUGGCAGUGGUGGAUGGACGGAUUGUGAAGACACCUUACUACAGCUCUGGUCUGCUCAUUGAAAGCAAUGACAUUUACACCAAAGUUUAUGCCAAAUUAGGCAUGAUACUGAUAUGGAAUCACGAAGAUGCGCUGAUGGUUGAGCUGGACAGCAAAUUUAAUAAUCAUACAUGUGGUCUCUGUGGGGAUUACAAUGGAGUUCCAAUCUACAAUGAGUUUAUUGAUGGAGUUACAAGCUACAAUUCAAUUACAUAUGGGAAUUUACAGAAGAUUAACAAACCUGGUGACAAAUGUGAAGAUCCUGAUGAAACCCAGGCUCUCCCAAGCUGUAAUGAACAUCGUGAUGAGUGUGAGAAGUUGCUGACUUCCUCCGCAUUUGCUGACUGUCGGUUACGUCUUAAUUUGGAAAUGUACAUCCAAGCCUGCAUGCAGGACAAGUGUGCUUGUGAUGGGAAGGAGGACUCCUUCUGCCUCUGCAGCACCAUCUCUGAGUAUUCUCGCCAGUGCUCACAUGCGGGUGGCCGGCCGGGUGAAUGGAGGACACAGGACUUUUGCCCCAAGACUUGUCCUGCUACCAUGGUAUAUAGAGAAAGCAGUUCACCCUGCAUGGACACUUGCUCACACUUUGAGAUCAGCAGUCUUUGUGAGGAGCACCACAUGGAUGGUUGUUUCUGCCCUGAAGGAAUGGUGUAUGAUGAUAUUACUGAAAAAGGCUGCAUACCUGUUAGCCAGUGCCACUGCAAACUCCAUGGAAAGGAGUAUUCACCUGGAGAAAGCAUUAUCAAUGAAUGUGAAGAAUGCACCUGUGAUUCAGGCAGAUGGACAUGCAAAGAUUUACCAUGUCCAGGCACAUGUUCAGUGGAAGGAGGAUCCCAUAUUACAACCUUUGAUGGGAAGAAAUAUACCUUUCAUGGAGACUGCUACUAUGUGGUGGCCAAGGGUACUGUAAACGACAGUCAUGCUCUCCUGGCAGAGCUGGCUCCCUGUGGCUCCACACACAGGCAGACCUGUUUGAAGACUGUUGUGCUGCUAGUAGAUCACAAAAAGAAUGUGGUGGUUUUCAGAUCAGAUGGCAGUGUGCUACUGAAUGAGAUGACAGUGAAUGUGCCUCAUGUGUCAGCCAGCUUCUCUGUAUUCAAGCCAUCUUCUUCCUACUUUGUUGUACAAACUUCUUUUGGGCUUCAGCUGCAGAUCCAGUUGUUUCCAGUCAUGCAGUUGUUUGUGACUGUGGAUCAAUCAAUUCAAGGAAAACUUCAAGGCCUUUGUGGAAACUUUAAUGGAAAGGAAGGUGAUGACUUUAAAACAACCAGUGGGCUGGUAGAAGCUACAGGAUCUGCCUUUGCUAAUUCAUGGAAAGCUCAGUCCACAUGUACAGACCAGGCAGAAAACCUGGAAGAUCCCUGCAGUCUCAGCAUUGAAAGCGCAAAUUAUGCUGAGCAUUGGUGCUCUUUGCUGAAGAACUCAGAGGGUCCUUUUGCAAGAUGUCACUCAGUCAUUGAUCCUUCAGAAUACUAUAAGAAAUGUAAAUAUGACACCUGCCUCUGCGAAGACAGUGAAGAAUGCUUGUGUGCUGCCCUCUCAUCUUACUCAAGGGCCUGUGCUUUCAAAGGAAUUAUUCUGGGAGGCUGGAGAAAAAGUGUUUGCAGUAAUGAAGUGUCUGCCUGUCCUGGAAAUCAAAUCUUCCUUUACAAUCUUACAAUGUGCCAGCAAACCUGUCGUUCAUUUGCUGAUGCUGAAAAACAUUGCAUCCAAGACUUUGCUCCUGUGGAUGGCUGUGGCUGCCCGUAUAACACAUACUUGGAUAAUCAAGAUAACUGUGUGCCCAUCUCUAAAUGCCCAUGUUAUUACAAGGGAUCAUACCUGGAACCAGGGGAAUAUGUCAUAAAAGAUGGAGAACGUUGUGUUUGCCGAAAUGCAAAGGUGCAGUGUACUUCCGUGAAAAUAAGAAUGAAAAGUGCAACAACAGAAUGUUCUUCUAACAAGACCUACUUUGACUGCAAUGCAUCCCCAAAGUGGACUUCGCAAACACCUGUACAACUUAGCUGUCAUACUCCUCGAAAUGAUCAUUUCCAGGCAGAGUGUGUCUCAGGCUGUGUGUGUCCUGAAGGUCUAUUUGAUGAUGGGAAAGGGGGCUGUGUUGAGGAGAGGGACUGCCCAUGCAUUCAUAACAACCAGUGGUAUUCUCCUGGACAGAAGAUAACAGUGGACUGCAACACCUGUACCUGCCAAAAAGGGGUUUGGAGCUGCACUGAACAUGUGUGCUAUGGAACCUGUACGGUAUAUGGAAGUGGCCAUUAUAUAACCUUUGAUGGAAAAUUCUAUGACUUUGAUGGGAGUUGUGAAUAUGUGGCUACUCAGGAUUUUUGUGGUGACAAGAAGUCCAGUGGCUCGUUCAGUGUUAUCACAGAGAAUGUCCCUUGUGGAACUACAGGAGUAACCUGCUCAAAGGCUAUUAAAAUAUUUCUAGGGAAAACUGAACUGAAAUUGGAGAACAAAGAUUAUAAAGAAAUUCAACGAGAUGUUGGUGAUGAUGUGCAUUAUUGGAACAGGACAGUAGGCCUCUAUCUUGUUAUUGAGGCUAGCAAUGGUGUGAUGCUUAUCUGGGAUAAGAAGACUACUGUUUUCAUCAAGCUGUCCCCUAGUUACAAAGGCAAAGUGUGUGGUCUGUGUGGUAACUUUGAUGACAAGUCUAACAAUGACUUUACACUAAGAAAUGGGCUGCAGGAAACUAAUGCUCUGAAGUUUGGAAAUUCCUGGAAGCAAUCUUCCAUGUGCCCAGAUGUCACACAAGAGAUUAUGCCCUGUGACAUGAAACCUCAUCGGAAGUCCUGGGCAGAGAAAGAAUGCAGCAUCAUCCGGAGUGAAAUCUUUCAAAUUUGUCACUCAAAGGUGGAUCCAACUCCUUUCUAUGAAGCUUGUGUUCAUGAUGCUUGUUCUUGUGAUAGUGGUGGGGAUUGUGAGUGCUUCUGUUCUGCAGUUGCUGCAUAUGCUCAAGAAUGUACCAAGGCUCAGGCCUGUGUUUUCUGGAGAACUCCUGACAUAUGCCCGAUAUUUUGUGACUACUACAACCCUCGUAAUGAGUGUGACUGGCACUAUGAGCCUUGUGGCAGUAAUGUCAUGACCUGCAGGAUGAUUAAUAAUGUCAGUACCAACUUUACAGUACCAUACCUAGAAGGUUGCUACCCCAGAUGCCCUGAGGACAAGCCUAUUUAUAAUGAAGAGACAAAGGAAUGUGUGACUGAAGAUAAAUGUUGGUGUUACAUCAAUGGAACUUCUGUUCCCCCUGGGAGUGAAAUACCCACAGAAGAGAACUGUACAAAAUGUGUCUGUGAACCCUCAGGAUCCAUAAACUGUACACCAGUCCCAGGAUGUCCUUGUGUCAUCAAUGGAACAAGUUAUGAAGUGGGUGACAUCGUGGCACAAAUACAGGAUGGCGACAUAUGUAAAACAUAUAUUUGUGCAGAAAAUGGUUCUAUAAUUCCUGGAGAUACUUAUCUUUGUCCAACAUCUGCUUCACCUACAACCAUUUCAACCUCUUCUCCUACCAGUACUCUUACCGUCACAGUUACCACUACAAGCCCUCCAGUAACUACAACUCCAUGCUUUGGAUUAAUCUGCAAUUGGACUGAGUGGUUUGAUGUUAGUAAACCUGAUGAAGAUGGUGGUGACUAUGAAACCUAUGAUGCAAUAAGAAAAGAACAUGGAAACAAAAUAUGUGAAGUUCCUGAAAAAAUUGAAUGCAGGGCUAAAGAUAUACCAAACAUGAGUUUAGAGGAACUUGGCCAGAAAGUAGAGUGUAAUGUAACAUAUGGACUAAUCUGUAAAAAUGAGGAGCAAGAUCCAAAUAUGUGGCAACUUUGCUAUAAUUAUGAAAUCAGGGUAAACUGUUGUGAGUGGCAUGAAAUUCCUUGUGAGCCUCCAUAUACACCGAGUUCAACACCAAUUACAACUUCAGUCACAACGAGUACAACAGUACCCACCACCACUACAACCAGGAAGCCAGCAAUUACCACCACAACCAUGCCCACUCCAACCACCACAAGCGAAUUCACACCACCAGUCACCACCCCAGUAACUUCAACCUCUUCAGCUAUGCCACUGUCCACAACAACAACAGCGUCCUCUCCACCGGUGCAAACAACCACUGCCCCGCCAACACCAUCAAAGACUCCCAGCAGCCCCACCACAACACCUCCUGGCAGCACCACCAGCACAACCACAACGACCCCAGGAACGACCCAGGAAACAACAACUGGCACAGCACCACCCACCACCACUACCAGAAGCACAUCCAAGCCCAUACCAACCUACACCACGACUGUACCACCUUCAGCCCCACCAUCACCCACUACAACCACAGUGUCCUCUUCACCUGUAUCAACCACGACUGUCCCGCCAACACCAUCAAAGACUCCCAGCAGCCCCACCACCAUGCCUCCUAGUGGUGCCACCACAACGACUCCUGGCACCACCACCAGCACAACCACAACAACCACAGGAACCACCCUGGAGACAACAACUGGCACAGCACCACCCACCGCAACCUCUGAAAGCACAUCCACGCCCACACCAACCUACUCCACGUCACCUUCAGGAGGACCGUGUGACUGCAUCUGGACAGACUGGAUUGAUGUGAGUUACCCUGACAGUUCUGACAGAAACAGUGGUGACUACGAAACCUUCGAGAAUAUUAAGAAGAGCAACUCCUCCUGGCUCUGUGAAAGAAUUGAGAAUAUUUCAUGCAGAGCAACAAAAUUCCCUGACAUUCCCAUUGCAGACUUAGGGCAGAAGGUGGAAUGCAGUGUAAACACAGGGCUCAUCUGUAACAACAGAGAUCAGCAGAUAGGAGGUAUAAUACCAAUGCCAGUCUGCCUCAACUACGAGAUCAGUGUCUGCUGUGUCCCCAACAUACCAGAGUGUAUUCCCACACCCACCACCACCACAGUGCCCCCUGGGACCACCCUGGAGACACCAACUGGCACAGCACCACCCACCGCAACCUCUGAAAGCACAUCCACGCCCACACCAACCUACUCCACGUCACCUUCAGCCCCACCAUCACCCUCUACAACCACAGUGUCCUCUCCACCUGUAUCAACCACGCCUGUCCCGCCAACACCAUCAAAGGCUCCCAGCAGCCCCACCACCAUGCCUCCUGGUGGUGCCACCACAACGCCUUCUGGCACCACCACCAGCACAACCACAACGACCCCAGGAACGACCCAGGAAACAAUAACUGGCACAGCACCACCCACCACCACUACCAGAAGCACAUCCAAGCCCAUACCAACCUACACCACGACUGUACCACCUUCAGCCCCACCAUCACCCUCUACAACCACAGUGUCCUCUCCACCUGUAUCAACCACGCCUGUCCCGCCAACACCAUCAAAGACUCCCAGCAGCCCCACCACCAUGCCUCCUAGUGGUGCCACCACAACGACUCCUGGCACCACCACCAGCACAACCACAACAACUUCAGGAACCACCCGGGAAACAACAACUGGCACAGCACCACCCACCACCACUACCAGAAGCACAUCCAAGCCCAUACCAACCUACACCACGACUGUACCACCUUCAGCUCCACCAUCACCCUCUACAACCACAGUAAGCACAUCCAAGCCCAUACCAACCUACACCACGACUGUACCACCUUCAGCUCCACCAUCACCCUCUACAACCACAGUGUCCUCUCCACCUGUAUCAACCACGCCUGUCCCGCCAACACCAUCAAAGACUCCCAGCAGCCCCACCACCAUGCCUCCUAGUGGUGCCACCACAACGACUCCUGGCACCACCACCAGCACAACCACAACAACUUCAGGAACCACCCGGGAAACAACAACUGGCACAGCACCACCCACCACCACUACCAGAAGCACAUCCAAGCCCAUACCAACCUACACCACGACUGUAUCACCUUCAGCUCCACCAUCACCCUCUACAACCACAGUGUCCUCUCCACCUGUAUCAACCACGCCUGUCCCGCCAACACCAUCAAAGACUCCCAGCAGCCCCACCACCAUGCCUCCUAGUGGUGCCACCACAACGACUCCUGGCACCACCACCAGCACAACCACAACAACUUCAGGAACCACCCGGGAAACAACAACUGGCACAGCACCACCCACCACCACUACCAGAAGCACAUCCAAGCCCAUACCAACCUACACCACGACUGUACCACCUUCAGGAGGACCGUGUGACUGCAUCUGGACAGACUGGAUUGAUGUGAGUUACCCUGACAGUUCUGACAGAAACAGUGGUGACUACGAAACCUUCGAGAAUAUUAAGAAGAGCAACUCCUCCUGGCUCUGUGAAAGAAUUGAGAAUAUUUCAUGCAGAGCAACAAAAUUCCCUGACAUUCCCAUUGCAGACUUAGGGCAGAAGGUGGAAUGCAGUGUAAACACAGGGCUCAUCUGUAACAACAGAGAUCAGCAGAUAGGAGGUAUAAUACCAAUGCCAGUCUGCCUCAACUACGAGAUCAGUGUCUGCUGUGUCCCCAACAUACCAGAGUGUAUUCCCACACCCACCACCACCACAGUGCCCCCUGGGACCACCCUGGAGACACCAACUGGCACAGCACCACCCACCGCAACCUCUGAAAGCACAUCCACGCCCACACCAACCUACUCCACGUCACCUUCAGCCCCACCAUCACCCUCUACAACCACAGUGUCCUCUCCACCUGUAUCAACCACGCCUGUCCCGCCAACACCAUCAAAGACUCCCAGCAGCCCCACCACCAUGCCUCCUAGUGGUGCCACCACAACGACUCCUGGCACCACCACCAGCACAACCACAACAACUUCAGGAACCACCCGGGAAACAACAACUGGCACAGCACCACCCACCACCACUACCAGAAGCACAUCCAAGCCCAUACCAACCUACACCACGACUGUACCACCUUCAGGAGGACCGUGUGACUGCAUCUGGACAGACUGGAUUGAUGUGAGUUACCCUGACAGUUCUGACAGAAACAGUGGUGACUACGAAACCUUCGAGAAUAUUAAGAAGAGCAACUCCUCCUGGCUCUGUGAAAGAAUUGAGAAUAUUUCAUGCAGAGCAACAAAAUUCCCUGACAUUCCCAUUGCAGACUUAGGGCAGAAGGUGGAAUGCAGUGUAAACACAGGGCUCAUCUGUAACAACAGAGAUCAGCAGAUAGGAGGUAUAAUACCAAUGCCAGUCUGCCUCAACUACGAGAUCAGUGUCUGCUGUGUCCCCAACAUACCAGAGUGUAUUCCCACACCCACCACCACCACAGUGCCCCCUGGGACCACCCUGGAGACACCAACUGGCACAGCACCACCCACCGCAACCUCUGAAAGCACAUCCACGCCCACACCAACCUACUCCACGUCACCUUCAGCCCCACCAUCACCCUCUACAACCACAGUGUCCUCUCCACCUGUAUCAACCACGCCUGUCCCGCCAACACCAUCAAAGACUCCCAGCAGCCCCACCACCAUGCCUCCUGAUGGCUUCACCACAACGCCUCCUGGCACUAGCACCACCACCACCAUCACCACAGUGCCUCCCAGCAGCACCCUGGAGACUACAGCAACUGGUACAGCACCACCCUCUACAACUACCACAACCACAUCUAUGCCCACGCCAACAUACACAACUGUAUCAUCAACACCAUCAAAGCCUCCCAGCACCGUCACCACAAUGUCUCCCAGCCCAACCACCAGCAGCACCACCAGGAGCACCCAGGAGAGAACAACGACUGUUCCUGGGACAAUAGCCCCCACACCAACUACUGAAAGUAUUUUCACAGGUAUAAUCACAAAAACUGCACAGCCUCCAACUUCAGAAGCAAUAGUGGGUACAACGUCUGAAUCAGGAACACCAACAAAGACGAGUACUACAGUUACUCCUUCAGGUCCGCCACUGUCAACAACUAGAACAACAGAAAGUACCAUGUCUGUCAUAAGUACUACUAUUCAAGAGUCAACACCAUCAGAAUCAACAAGCACAGCGACGGUCAGCACCCCUGGAGUCACUGAAUCAGGAACGACCACCACCAAAUCCACCACUUCGGGCCCCACACUCUCUCCCCACAGCACCACAAAAGUAACAGAAACACCUACCCAGGAGACCACUACUGCUGGAUCUGGGAGCCCUCUGACAGGAUCACCUACCACCCCCGUCAGCACCACGAUCUCAAGACCAUCCUCCACAACAUCUACAGCCAGCACUACUGUGUCACCACCAUCAGAAUCAACAAGCACAGCGACGGUCAGCACCCCUGGAGUCACUGAAUCAGGAACGACCACCACCAAAUCCACCACUUCGGGCCCCACACUCUCUCCCCACAGCACCACAAAAGUAACAGAAACACCUACCCAGGAGACCACUACUGCUGGAUCUGGGAGCCCUCUGACAGGAUCACCUACCACCCCCGUCAGCACCACGAUCUCAAGACCAUCCUCCACAACAUCUACAGCCAGCACUACUGUGUCACCACCAUCAGAAUCAACAAGCACAGCGACGGUCAGCACCCCUGGAGUCACUGAAUCAGGAACGACCACCACCAAAUCCACCACUUCGGGCCCCACACUCUCUCCCCACAGCACCACAAAAGUAACAGAAACACCUACCCAGGAGACCACUACUGCUGGAUCUGGGAGCCCUCUGACAGGAUCACCUACCACCCCCGUCAGCACCACGAUCUCAAGACCAUCCUCCACAACAUCUACAGCCAGCACUACUGUGUCACCACCAUCAGAAUCAACAAGCACAGCGACGGUCAGCACCCCUGGAGUCACUGAAUCAGGAACGACCACCACCAAAUCCACCACUUCGGGCCCCACACUCUCUCCCCACAGCACCACAAAAGUAACAGAAACACCUACCCAGGAGACCACUACUGCUGGAUCUGGGAGCCCUCUGACAGGAUCACCUACCACCCCCGUCAGCACCACGAUCUCAAGACCAUCCUCCACAACAUCUACAGCCAGCACUACUGUGUCACCACCAUCAGAAUCAACAAGCACAGCGACGGUCAGCACCCCUGGAGUCACUGAAUCAGGAACGACCACCACCAAAUCCACCACUUCGGGCCCCACACUCUCUCCCCACAGCACCACAAAAGUAACAGAAACACCUACCCAGGAGACCACUACUGCUGGAUCUGGGAGCCCUCUGACAGGAUCACCUACCACCCCCGUCAGCACCACGAUCUCAAGACCAUCCUCCACAACAUCUACAGCCAGCACUACUGUGUCACCACCAUCAGAAUCAACAAGCACAGCGACGGUCAGCACCCCUGGAGUCACUGAAUCAGGAACGACCACCACCAAAUCCACCACUUCAGGCCCCACACUCUCUCCCCACAGCACCACAAAAGUAACAGAAACACCUACCCAGGAGACCACUACUGCUGGAUCUGGGAGCCCUCUGACAGGAUCACCUACCACCCCCGUCAGCACCACGAUCUCAAGACCAUCCUCCACAACAUCUACAGCCAGCACUACUGUGUCACCACCAUCAGAAUCAACAAGCACAGCGACGGUCAGCACCCCUGGAGUCACUGAAUCAGGAACGACCACCACCAAAUCCACCACUUCGGGCCCCACACUCUCUCCCCACAGCACCACAAAAGUAACAGAAACACCUACCCAGGAGACCACUACUGCUGGAUCUGGGAGCCCUCUGACAGGAUCACCUACCACCCCCGUCAGCACCACGAUCUCAAGACCAUCCUCCACAACAUCUACAGCCAGCACUACUGUGUCACCACCAUCAGAAUCAACAAGCACAGCGACGGUCAGCACCCCUGGAGUCACUGAAUCAGGAACGACCACCACCAAAUCCACCACUUCGGGCCCCACACUCUCUCCCCACAGCACCACAAAAGUAACAGAAACACCUACCCAGGAGACCACUACUGCUGGAUCUGGGAGCCCUCUGACAGGAUCACCUACAACCGUUAUCAGCAUCACAACCUCAGGACCACCCUCCACAACUUCUACAGCCAGCACUACUGUAUUAUCACCAUCAGUAUCAACCAGCCCUUUGCCAGUUACCACCUCCGGUACAACUCUAACAGAAUCUUUUACUACCACUGCAGGAACAACCUCUAGUAAUUUUACCACAAUCACUGCAACCACCACCACCUCUGAAAUUACUUUUACUACCUCAGCUAGUACUUCUGGGACAACAGCAGCAUCAAGUGCAGUCACUACUGCAGGAAGUUCUACGUACAGCACAGUUACUCCAGUCACUGCUUUAAGUUCAACUACAAGUCCACCACCAACCACUCCUGGAAGAAAUUGUUCUAUUUUACCUAAUGAAUCUUAUGCACCCGGUGAAUCAUGGUGGCUCUGUAACUGCACAAGGGCAAUAUGUAUAGAAGACAACAAAGUCGAGGUGAUUCCCAUAAUCUGUAAUCCACCUCCUAAGCCUACAUGUGCCAAUGGACUUUCUCCUGUGCAAGUCAUUGAUGAGGAUGGAUGCUGUUGGCACUGGGAGUGUGAUUGCUACUGCACUGGCUGGGGAGACCCACACUACAUGACUUUUGAUGGACUGUACUACAGCUAUCAAGGGAAUUGUACAUACGUCCUUGUGGAAGAGAUUCAUAAGACAGUUGAUAACUUUGGUAUCUACAUUGAUAACUACCAUUGUGAUGCCAGGGAUGUAGUCUCCUGUCCUCGAACGCUCAUUGUGAGACAUGAGACUCAGGAAGUGCGCAUAGCAACAGUAAAACCAAAUACUCUACAAGUAGAGGUGACAGUAAACAAGCAGGCAGUGGCUUUGCCUUACAAAAAAUUUGGUUUGAGUGUUUAUGAGUCAGGCAUAAAUCGUGUCGUGGAAAUUCCUGAACUGAAAAUUAAUGUGACCUACAAUGGCUUGUCCUUUUCUAUCAGAAUGCCCUACAGCUUGUUUGGCAACAACACUCAGGGACAGUGUGGUACUUGCAAUAACAACACAGCAGAUGACUGUAUGUUGCCAAAUGGAAACAUUGCAGAAAACUGUGAAACUAUGGCAGAUCAUUGGCAAGUUGUUGAUCCCUCCAAACCACAGUGCUCUCCAGGCCUAUCUCCUACAAAAGCACCUAGCACAACCCCAACACAGCCGUGCAAAGAAUCUGCCAUCUGUGAGCUUAUUUUGGGAAGUGUGUUCGAGCCAUGCCACAAAUUCGUUCAUCCUGAGAAGUACUAUGCAGCCUGCGUUUUUGAUAGUUGUGUACUUCCCAACUUAGACCUGGAAUGCUCAAGUCUGCAGAUCUAUGCUGCCACCUGUGCUGAUCAGGGUGUAUGCAUUGACUGGAGAAGUCAUACCAAGGGUGUUUGUACUUAUAAAUGCCCCGCAGAUAAAGAGUACAGAGCAUGUGGUCCUGUUAAAGAGAUAACCUGCAAAUCAAGUCACCAAAACGAAACUUCAACUAAACAAGUGGAAGGCUGUUUCUGUCCUAAUGGGACAAUGCUGUAUGACUCUGGUGUGGAUGUCUGCGUGAAAACCUGUGGUUGUGUUGGAGUGGAUAAGAUACCAAGAGAGUUCGGGGAAAAAUUCACAGUCAACUGUCAGGACUGUAUUUGCCUGGAAGGUGGAAUUGGCAUUGUAUGUAAUCCACAUGAAUGUCCCAAACAAGAUAAGAUCAGUUGUGAUGGAGAAGGCUUCUAUAAGGUCAAUGAAGUCAAUCCUGAAGACUCUUGCUGCCCCAUUGUCACCUGCAAAUGCAAUACAAGCUUGUGCACAACCAAAGCCCCCAAGUGUGCACUGGGAUUUGAAGUUCAGUCUCAUAUCCCCAGUGGUCAAUGCUGCCCUGUAUACCAGUGUGUUCCCAAGAGGGUUUGUGUCCAUCAGAGUGCUGAGUUCUUGCCUAAUUCCUCAGUCUUCAUUGAUAAGUGUCAGAAUUGUUUCUGCACUAAUGAAGUUAACGUCAGCACUCAACUGAAUAUCAUCUCAUGUGAACAUAUUCCAUGUGACACAUAUUGUGAACCAGGUUAUGAACGUCGACCAGUGAAAGGUGAAUGUUGUGGAAAAUGUGUGCAGACUAAGUGUGUUAUACAUACAGCACAAAAUUCUAACCUCAUCUUGAGUCCUGGAGAGUUUAAAAAUGAUCCUAACAACAACUGCACCAUUUAUAGCUGUGUAACGAUGCACAAUCAGUUUAUCUCUUCCACAUCUGAGAUUACCUGCCCAGCAUUCAAUGAGGACAGCUGCAAACCUGGAACUAUUACAUUCUUACCUAACGGUUGUUGCAAAACCUGUGCACCUCUGGAUAGUCCCACACCAUGCUCUGUCCGUCAAAGAACAGACUUCAUUGUCUAUAAGGGCUGCCGUUCUGUGGACAGAGUUGUCAUGACUGAAUGUGAAGGAACAUGUGGAACCUUCUCACUAUACUCUGCUGAGGCCAAUUCCAUGGAGCACAGCUGUUCCUGCUGCAGGGAAUCAAGGAGUUCCGAGAAGAUGGUGACACUGAAAUGCCCCGAUGGGAAUUUAAUUCUGCAUAAGUAUAUAUAUGUGGAAAGCUGCAGCUGUCAAGACACUGAAUGCAACAGCUCACAAUCCAAUGAGUUGCAGAGUACAGAAGAAAAAGACAAGGCCAGCGUUCUGAACCGUAUCAAGAGGGCCAUUAGCUUAACAUCAAAAUGA